GCAGGUGAAGCGUCUCCCCGGAAACGGAGCUAGAGCGCCCCACCUGCUGGGUCCUGCCUCCUUAAAUCGGAUCCGGCGCAGCCAGGCUUCUCAUAAGGACUCUAAGACGUGAACUGUCCCAGGCAAGCCCCUCCAAGACUCGGCAGCUGUCUCUCCUGCGGCAGGAAGCUGAACUCCUGGCCGGCAGUGUUGCUUUAUUUUUACCUGGUGACCCAGCAGUGACAGCUGAGGCCUUGUGAGUCUGAUCCUGAAUGAGGCUUUAUCUCUGACUGUUCAUCCCAUCAUCCACUGUGGCACCAGCUCCCUCCGACAGCCUAGAUGGAGACAGCCAGAGCUGGAGAGGUGAUGGUACCCGUAGCCUGGACUGAGAGGAAGAGACUGGGCCUCUAGCUGCCAACCAGGUGAUGGAGACACCAGGCCAUGAUAAACACCAUCUGAGCCCUGACAUUGAUCUUCUCACCUGACCCUGCAUGACCGAGCCAUGUCCCAACAAGCCUCAAUGGCCAGGGCGCUGCCCCCAGAUGUGAUGGCAGAGCAGGUGGAGCUGUGGUGGUCCCAGCAGCCCCGGCGCUCCUUGCUCUGUUUCUCCGUGGCCGUGGGCCUUGUGGCUGGCUGUGGGGCGGGCGGCGUGGCCCUGCUGUCCUCCACCAGCAGCCGCUCUGGCGAGUGGCGACUAGCCGUGGGCACUGUGCUCUGCCUGCUGGCCCUGAUGGUUCUGGUGAAGCAGCUGAUGAGCUCCGCGGUGCAGGAUAUGAACUGCAUCCGCCAGGCCCAGCACGUGGCCUUGCUGCGCAGCGGUGGAGGGGCUGAUGCUGUUGUAGUACUGCUCAGUGGCUUUGUGCUGCUGGUCACUGGCCUGACCCUGGCUGGGCUGGCUGCUGCCCCGGCCCCAGCUCGGCCACUGGCUGCCAUGCUGUCUGUGGGCAUUACCCUGGCUUCCUUGGGCUCAGUCUUGCUGCUGGGUUUGCUGCUGUAUCAGGUGGGUGUGAGUGGACACUGCCCCUCCAUCUGUAUAGCUGCACCCUCCACCGAAAAUGGCCACGGUGGUAACAGCAGCAUCUUUAGCAUCUCGGGACAGUUGUCCUCUGGCCAGCGUCAUGAGACCACCUCCAGCAUUGCCAGCCUCAUCUGACAGACCUGACUUCUUCCCAUGACCUGACUCAGUGUCCCCAGAGCAUUGGCAGGACACAUACAGGAGCAUGCAUAUAUGUCUGCCCCCACCCCGCUGCCAUGGGAUUGCACAGGACGUGAUUAGGAGCUCACGUGUACUCGACACAUCCACACCGUGAGAGGGUGUGUGAUGGAUGCCUCCUUGGGGCUGAAUGCUUGUGUCUGUGGACUGUCAUGCUCUCUACCUGGCUCUGGGGUCUCUAGGCACAUCUGGAAUCCCUGAAGGCUUGGCCUGUAUCUCCAAGACCCUACAACUCCAGCCUUGUCCUACGGCAUGAAUACUCCAGCCAUUGUUCUUCAGAGAGUGGCUCUUGGCAAAGCAGAGGGAAGUGGGGUGAGAGGGACCUGGAACGGAAACGCCUUUGGGUUUGUAACCUAGCAGCUGGGGCCUGGGCGAGGUGACUGUUAGCCUCUCUUGCCUCAGUUCUUCGAACAGUGUUGCCAUCGAUUGUUAGGAUUAAAUCAGGGAGUGAGAUGAGAUGACUGGACUCCUGGCAAAUGCGCAAUAAAAGGGUGACGACAGUUGCCACUGC